AUGGAUUUUAUCACCGAUCUGCCACCAUCUCGUAAUAACACCAUCAUUUGGGUCGUGGUGGAUCGGUUUUCCAAGAUGGCUUAUUUUAUCCCUCUACCUGGUCUUCCAUCUGCCCCACAGCUGGCAAAACUCCAUCUCCGUUCUUCUCUUCCACUCUCAGUUUCCUCUGGUGUGCCUGCUGUUGAUGAGCUUGUCCGAGACUUCUCUGCCAUCUGGAAACAAAGUCAACAGUCAUUAUCUCAAGCUUCUUCUUGCAUGGUGCAGGCUGAUAAGAGCAGAAGCCCUCCUCCUUUCUUAUCUCCUGGUGACAUGAUCAAGGAGGAAGACAAGGGGCCAGCACCCACAUCUCCUCCACCUCUAUUUUCAGUCAUUCCUGGUGGAUUCAUCAAACAGCUUGUUCGGGAAACUGAAAAAGAAGCAAAGCAAAAAGUAAAAGAGGUGAAGGAGAAGCCAGUGAAACAAGAUCAGCCACCGGAUAAUUUAAAGUCACCUGGAAAACUGAACAAUUCACUGGUUCAACAGUUUGUGUUUAAGGAUGAAAACAUUCUCACAGUGGGAGAAGAAAUGGCAAGCACAAACAAUGUCUUCAUGAAUGGACUUAAUGGAGACAAACACCCAGGAAAAAGUGAAACUCCAGAAAAAGAGAGCAAAAGAACAAUACGUUUGAAGCCUGUUAAGAGUCCUACAAAGAGACAGAGCACAUCUGACCCCAAGAAUAAUAACAAAAACGAGUCCACAGUCAGUAAGGUCAAUGAACUGAAUGAGAGCAAGUCACCAGUGCCUAAAGAAGAGGAUCAAUCCCUGCCUGCAGUAGAAGAGAACAUACAAAUACAAAAUACAGCAAAUAUCGAGACAGAGAACCAGUGUGAACAGGAACAGUCUUCCAAGGACGAACCUGAAUUACAGACCAUGCCAGAAGAAGAGAAAACACAGAAAGAGGCCCACAAUAUUGAGGUGCCAGCCCAAUGCACUGAAGAACAGCAUAUUUCUAAAGAAAAGGUGCCAGAAGAUGUGUGGUACGAGACGGAGCAGGUCUGGUUUGUUCACAAAGAUGGCUUCAAACUAGCAACAGAACUUAAGCCAGACGUGGGAACACCAGAGUUAUCUGAUGGGAAAGUCAGGAUCCGGUUUGAUGCUGAAGACAAAAUUUUAGAUGUGGAUGAAGAAAACAUCCAUAGGACAAAUCCUUCCAAGUUUGACUAUGCAGAAGAUCUGACAACACUAAUCAGUCUAAAUGAAUCCAGUUUCAUUCACACUCUAUGGCAGCGCUACCAGUCCCAGCUGAUUCACACCAAUGCCGGACCAAACCUGAUAGUAAUGAAACCAAGUGGACCUGUCGCAAGCUUUUCAACUAAGGUAUUCAAAGGAAAGAAAGAUGCCAUGCCGCCCCACAUCUGUGCAGUGGCUCAGAAAGCCUACUGGAACAUGUUAACCCAACGCCAGGAUCAGACAAUUGUGCCCUUGGGCAGAAGCAGUGCAGGCAAAACAACUUGCUGCCAGACAGCAUUGGAAUACCUUGUGGAAGCUGCUGGGAGUGUUGACAACAGAGUAACAGUGGAGAAGAUUCAUGCAAUGUUCACCAUUCUAAAAUCCUUUGGUGGAGUGUCAACUAGUGAAUGUAAUAACUCCACACGGUUCUCCAUGGUCAUGUCCCUGGACUUCAAUUCUGCUGGACGGGUCACUGCUGGCCACUUACAGACCAUGCUCUUGGAAAGAAUUCGGGUGGCCCAACAACCUGAAGGAGAAGGAAACUUCAAUGUGUUCUCGCAGUUGUUAACCGGAGCAGAUCUGGGUCUCAGGUCACAGCUGAACCUUCACCAGAUGGCAGACUGCCACUCCUUUGGAAUCAUGCCAUGUGCGAAGCCAGAGGAGAAGCAGAAGGCAUCUGCAGGAUUUGAACAGCUCCAAUCUGCUAUGGAGGUUUUGGGAUUCACGGUGAAUGAACAAAAAGCCAUUUGGCAUGUUCUAGCUGGUAUCUAUCACCUCGGAGCAGCAGGUGCAUGUAAAGUUGGCAGGAAACAGUUCAUGAGGUUUGAGUGGGCAAACAAGGCCGCCAGUGUGUUGGGGUGUGACUGCGAGGAGCUUUCCACUGCUGUCUUCAAGCAUCAUCUUAAGCAGAUCAUUGAACAAGUGACACAGGGGACAAGAGGCGGUAACCAAGAAGAAGAUGCUAAGUCAGGGCCAAAAAUGAGCGGAGUAGAAUGUGUUGAAGGCAUGGCCGCGGGCCUCUAUGAAGAACUCUUUGCAGCUGUUGUCUCACUUAUCAACAGGUCAUUGUGCUCCAGUCUGUUGACAUUGGCAUCCAUCAUGGUGGUUGAUACCCCUGGAUUUCACAACCCACGUCAUCAGAAGAAAGAAAGGGCUGGUACAUUUGAAGAGAUGUGCAAUAACUAUAUACAAGAACGACUGCAAUGCUUAUCUUACAAGAGAACCUUUAGCAUUCCCCUGGAGAGGUUUAAUGCGGAAAACGUUGAAGUUUCUUUUGAAAUGCCUGCAGAUUCCCCAUUCAACACUGUAUCUGUCAUCGACCAGACAUCUUCACAGAUUAAUGUGCAAGCAAGCAAUCAGAUGGAAGAGAAAAAAGGUCUUUUGUGGAUUCUCGAUGAGGAGGUUCUCAUCCAAGGUUCCACAGAUGACAACGUUGUCAACCGAUUGAGUUCAUACUAUGAAAUUAAAGGUGAAGAUAGACAAGAUUAUUCACCCCUCCGAAAAUGUGAACAACCACUCCAGUUUGAGAUCCUCCACCAGUUGGGUAAAGAUCCUGUGCGAUAUGAGGCUUCCAACUGGAUCAACAAAGCCAAACUAAACCUAUCUGCUGAAAAUGCUGUGCAGGUCCUACAGCAGUCUAAAAUUGACUACCUGAAGGACUUAUUUAUGCCUCGAGCUAAAUUCCCAUUGAUUUGUCGCUCAAUUGCUGGAAUGGAGGGAAAGUCUCAGCAAGCCAUGCAGCGAGUUAGUUGCAUAAGGAAAACUUUUGCUAGCAGCUUCGCUGCUGUGAAGAGGAAGUCAGUUUGUGCUCAGAUCAAGCUUCAAAUGGACGCUCUGAUGAAUUUGCUAAAACGGUCCCAGAUACAUUUUGUACACUGUUUGGUCCCCAGACUGGGAAUGGAUGGCACAGAAUGCAAAAGCUCACAACUUUGCAGAGGAACAGCAGGAGAUCCAAUUAAUGCUGCUAUUGAUGUCCCCACUGUAAGAAUUCAGCUUGCAGGAGCUCAGCUAUUAGAUGCUAUGCGUCUCUGCAGGAUAGGUUAUACUGAUCGUAUGGGUCUAACAGAGUUUCGACUUCGCUUUCAAGUGCUGGCAUCACAAGUUAUGAAGAAGUAUAUGUCCACAUAUGAACCUGUGGAUGAGAGAAAGGCUGUAGAAGAACUCUUCCAACUACUAGACCUUGAAAAGAGGAGCAUUGUGAUGGGUCGAAGUCAGGUGUUCAUGAAAUCUGGUGUUCUAUCCAGGCUAGAGAAACAGCGGGAGAAGAUGAUUUCUCAAAGCAUGAUCCUUUUUCAAGCAGCAUGCAGAGGUUUCCUUUGUCGGCAAAAGUUCAAGAAAAUAAAGAUUCAAAUGGUUGCCCUUAAGUGUAUUCAAAAGAAUUUACGGAAAUACUACUCCAUACGAGAUUGGUUGUGGUGGCAACUGAUGUGUCAGAUCCGACCCUCACUGUCUAUCCAUGCCGAUGAGUCCCAUUUGCGGGAAAAAGAGGAGGAAAUCAUUGCUAUAUCAACAAAACUUUGCAAGUCCGAAAAGUCCAGAAAUGAAAUGAGACAGAAUGUGGAUCUGCUGGAAAGCAAGGAACUCCGGUGUAUGUGGAUCCGCUGGACCUGUGUGGCAGAUGACUCGGACCGUGCCAGGGAGCUAGGGUGCUGGUGGUCUUCACCAGAGCCCGCCGCAAAGCAGGAUGGGCUUGCAGCUGCAGGCGACACCCAGAUCACUGACUUAAUGACUGAGCUGUCUGAUGAACGAUUCAAAGGUGAAGUCGCUUGUCAAGUUUUAGAAGGAGAGAGAUCAGAGAGGCUAAGGGUAACCCGGGAAAUUAAGGAGAUGCAGGUAAAGUAUGAGCAAAUGCAGAAGAGUCUGGAGUCUGUAUCAAAGCAGCUAGAUGAAGCUAAUCAGCAAAUCCAACUUCGGGAUCUUGGGACAAGUAGUCUGGGAGGAGGAGCCGAUGAUUGGCAAGUACGAUUUGACUGUGCCCAAACUGAAAUCAACUUCUUGCGGAAAAGGCUUGCUCAGUUUGAAGAAAGACUGGAAUCUGAAAAAACUUAUAAGAAGGAACUAGAACAAAAGCUGAUUGAUUUACAAAGUGCUUACGAAAAUGCUAGGCGAGCAGCCCAGCAAGCAAACAGGAAGUGCAAGCACUUGACCUCUGACCUUGAGGACACUAGAGUUUUAAUGGAAAACCAACAGAUCCGGAACCAUGAGCUGGAAAAAAGACAGCGCAAGUUUGAUAUGCAGUUAGCGCAAGCUAUUGGAGAGGCAGCGUUUGAGAAGAGCUUACGAGAGAAGGUGACUCAGGAGAAUACAUCCUGUCGAUGGGAAGUCGGAAAGCUUCGUCAACAGUUGGAGCAAAAGGAGCUAGAGACAUCCAAUUUAACCAAGCAGUUGGAAGUGCUGAAGACACAGAUAAAAGAUUUAUCUUCCUCCAGUGGGUUGGAUAGUAAUUCUGUCAUUUCCCUGAAAAACAAAGUGUGGGAAUUGGAAUCCAGUGUUGCUGAGCAGAACCAACAGCUGGUAGAGCAAGCUAAUUCUAUACAGCGUCUUGAUCAGAUGCGUGUCCGUUUUGAAAUGGAAAUUGAAAGGAUGAAACAAAUGCAGUUGAAAGAACUAGAAGAUAAAGAAGAGGAAUUAGAGGAUAUUCGACAGUCAUGUCAAAGACGGCUUCGGCAGUUUGAAAUGCAGUUGGAACAAGAAUAUGAAGAAAAACAGAUGGUGCUUCAUGAAAAGCAGGACUUAGAGGGACUCAUUGGAACCCUGUGUGAACAGAUAGGACAUCGGGAUUUUGAUGUUGAAAAGCGACUUCGGAGAGAUCUAAAGAGGACUCAUGCCUUGCUGGCUGACCUGCAGCUUCUUUUGGCCUCUAUGGGAGAUUCUGGACCACCCGUAGAUCGUGGAGAACUUGAAAGAGUUCACUUACAGCUGGAAGAGAGUGAGGCAAGGUAUGCAGAGUCCCUCAAGUCUCAGAGAUCGCUGAGCUCAGAGCUGGAAAGUCUGCACAUGGAGCUAGACAAUAUUACAAGGAAUAAAAAUAUGGCUGAUGAACAGUUGUUCCAGUUACAGCAUGAAAAAGCUGAGCUUCUGAGGAGGAUCGAUGAGGAUCAGGAAGACCUGAACGAGCUUAUGAAGAAACAUAAAGCACUUAUUGCACAGUCUGCAACAGAUAUUACACAUAUUCGGGAGCUGCAAACUAAGCUAGAAGAUACAGUGAAAGUGAAGCAGAGCCUUCAGGAGAAGCUGCAGGCAGCUCUGAGCCGCAUUGACUAUUUGGAGCAAUCUAUGGUGGAGCGUUCAAUUGUGAGUCGGCAAGAGGCAGUGAUUUGUGAUUUGGAAAAUAAGGUUGAGUUUCAGAGAGCUCAGAUUAAAAGGUUUGAGAUGUUGAUUUUACGUUUGAGAGACAGUGUGAUAAAGAUGGGUGAAGAGUUGGAAAAGGCUGCGGAUUCUGAAGCACGGGAAAAGGAAAAUGCAAAGUAUUAUCACAUUCGCAUGGAAGAGAUGAAAGCUGAAAUGAAUGAGCUGAUGCAGAGAGAGAUGGAGGCAUGUCGGAGACGUGUGGAAUUGGAGACGCAGGUGUUUGAGCUCACGGCAGUAAGGCAAACUUUACAAGCUGAUCUAGAAACAUCGAUUCGGCGCAUUGCUGACUUACAGGCUGCAUUAGAGGAAGUGGAAUCCAGUGAUGACAGUGAUACUGAAAGAGAUAACGAGUCAACUAUAGGUUCAGUAAUGAGUUUGGGGAAAACAGAGAGUCAAUCCAGGGUAGGAUCCUCAGCCAGCUGGGCAUCACCCACAGGAAGUAGUGUUUGUGGCCGCCAGUCAAGCCAAUCUACAUCCAAUACCCUUAGUAGUCACAGUUUACGGCAACAAGAUAAAAAGGAUGAGGGUGUAUAUCGACCAAGUUCUUCCUUGAGUUCUGGAUCAAACCUUUAUGGAAAAAAUGCUUUAUCCCCAGAUAAGGAGAACACAAGUCCAGUGCUUAACACUGGAAACAUAACUCCAACACUUGCCAGGAGGAGACCCUCACCCGUAGAAGAAAAGCCUUCCCGCUCUUCAUCUGCUCUCUCUGAGUUUUUAGAUGAGGUCAGAAAGAAAAGGGCUUCAGAAAAAGAUCAGUCCUCCCUAGUUAUGGAGGAUGCAUCCUCCCUGCCUAUUUACCGGACAACUGGGGCUUCUUCCCUUAGAAGAUGUACACGGCUUAAUGAUGAUGAGGAAGAUUUCUCAAUAGCCCUGAACAAGCUUUCAGAUGAAAAGCCUUCACCAAGUCAAGGAUUAACGCGUUCCUCAAGUCUUCGUUGCUUACCAUCUGAAAAAACUGAUCCAACAUUGUCACCUGCAGUUAAGCGCAUGGCUAGGUUUGGUUCUUGUGAAUCUCUUAACCAACCACCACAUAAUGUAGAUUUUAAGCAGACAUCUUCAGAAUUAAAAGUGGAUGGUGCCACUUCUUUAAGACUAAGACCAUGGAGACAGUGUCUUGAAACACCACUGGAGGAAGUUGGUGAAAGCGAAUUUGGAAAGGAGCCUCUUGUUUUCCAAAAUAGGAGUUUUUCUAAUUUAUCUGAUCUUGGAAAUGAUGAAAGAUCAUCAAGCUGGAAAGUACCUAGCCUCAGCUUUGAGAGAAAAUUAACAGAUGAUUCGGAUGACAUCCUCCCUGCCCUAAGAAGGUCACAAUCAACUCAAAGUCUGUCCAAAACCUCCAGGGAUAGAAGAGAUGUCCAGCGACCACUCAGUGUUCAUUUCGGUGAUCUUCCAUCUCAUGAGCCAAGUGUUUCAACAGGGGGAUUGAAAAGUGUUUUAAAGAAAAGUUCAAGUAUUGCAGAAGAUUUGGGAAAUAUGUCUGAUUCAUCAUCAUCUUCUGGUUCUGUUGCAUCCUGCAAAAGUGCAGAUAGUAUUAAAAGCCGGCCCCGUGUACAAAGGGUGGAUGGAGAAGGUUACUCAGGGAAGCUGAUGAAAUCGGAAAUCUCACAAGAAAAUAAAAGACCUGAAGCAGAAGGCAAAGAAGAUGAUGUAAAUAGCAUAAUGAGGAAAUAUUUACGGAAAAUUGAUGAAGAACAAGGUCCCACAAAUUGAGGAAUUCUGAUGCCUGUGUAAACUACACCAUGGCUGCUUGGAUUCUUCUCCCUGAAAUGCACAUUAUAUGUUUGCUAGAAGAGCAAAACUGUAAAGAUGGAUAUGUAGCUAGGAAAUCAAAAAAUAAAUAAAAAAAAUGUUGUUUGUUAAUUUGUUUUUGCUUUUUGAAAAUAAAGCAAUAUGUU